UAAAAACAAGCCCCGGGGGCUGGCGGCAGGGAGAGGCCGGGGAAAACAGGAGACCGAACGGGAGACUGGACAGGGAACCGGACAGGAGAUGGAGACAGGACAGGGGACAGAGACUGGACGGGGAACUGGACAGGGAACGGAGACUGGACGGGGAACUGGACAGGUGACGGAGACUGGACGGGGAACUGGACAGGUGACGGAGACUGGACGGGGAACUGGACAGGUGACGGAGACUGGACGGGGAACUGGACAGGUGACGGAGACUGGACGGGGAACUGGACAGGUGACGGAGACUGGACAUGAGACAGAGACUGGACGGGACCGGACAUGGGAACAGGGACAAGAACAUUGACGGGGACGGAAACAAACACAGUAACAGGGACAGGAACAGAGAAACCACCGGGGACAGGAACUGGAACACUCACAGAUACAGGGACCAGGACAGGGAGAGACAGGGGAACCAAAAACAUAGGUGGGUGCCCAGGACUGGUAAAAGUCUGUGGGGACAGCCUGGGCACAUAACUAGGGGCAAAGUCAGGAGGCCUAGGAGCAGGCCUGGAAAUACGGGGCCUGGGCCCAAACAUAGUUCUGGGAGCUGCAGGUGUCUGAGCUGGAGUCGGAGCAGCUGGGACUGCUGGUGCUUGAGCUGGAGCAGCUGGGACUGCUGGUGCUUGAGCUGGAGCAGCUGGGACUGCUGGUGCUUGAGCUGGAGCAGCUGGGACUGCUGGUGCUU